AUGACCUUAUCCGGCCUUGUGGUGGUGGUUGCCGGUGCAUCCAAGGGCAUCGGCAGAGCCAUCGUCCUGCGUGCCGCAGCAGAGGGAGCCAGUGUGGUCAUCAACUACAUGUCGGAUGACAAGGGGGCCAACGCUCUGGUUGCGCAGAUUGGAAGUGAUCGUGCCAUUGCCGUGCAGGCGGAUAUCUCCAAGACCGCGGAGAUUGACGAACUUAUCAAAGCUACUGUGGCUCGGUUCGGAAGGAUCGAUGUCCUGAUCCCCAAUGCGGCCUAUGUGCCUGAGAGCGACCUGCGAAGUGUCACUGAGGAGGAAUUUGACCGCGCCUUCGCUGUUAAUGUCAAAGGGCCUUGUUUUCUCGCCAAGCUUGGUGCAACCGUCCCAAAAGCCUUGCCUCACAUGCCGUCGGGCAGCACAAUCAUCUUUAUCUCGACCGACCUUACCGAUGCGUCUUCGGUGCCACCACAAUUCCUUCUUUACGUAUCAACCAAGGGAGCGAUGAACCAGAUGGUGAAGGUCAUGGCACGAGACCUAGCGAGCGCGGGAAUCCGCGUCAAUGCCGUUUCCCCAGGCGCAACAAGCACGGAGUCCUUCCACAAGGCCAUGGACGGAGCUCGGGCACAAAUUAUUGCGAGCCAUAACCCCUUCAACCGGAUUGCGGAGCCGGAUGAAAUUGCUGCAGCGGUUAGUUUGCUGUGGAGGAAGGAUAGCGCUUGGAUCUCAGGCCAGGUUCUGAGAGCCAACGGAGGUGGCGUCGUCUGA